CAAUCAAUUGUGUCUCAUUAGCACCGUAGCCUCGUCCCCUGACGUGAACACCAGACGCUUGCAGAGACAUCUUGCAUCACCGUCGCUACCUGACUUCGGUCGCAUGUAGAAUUUCCCCUCAUUCCAUGACCAACAUGGUGUGCAGCCGAACGCCGUCUGUCGACCGCCUCGGCAACGACGGACACAGCUUGCCACCCUGCAUUGCUGUUGCGUCGUGGCAAUGCGCCGCACCACAAGAGCACUUAGCGAGACCCAAAGGGACGUCACAAGGACCUGCUCCCAGCAACUUUGCUUCUGCAAAACCUCAGUACUACUAAAGACACAGGCCGUCUCUGCCGAUUGCCGGUUGCAGAUUGCCGCUUUCUGUAUCAUCUCCCACUCCUGUUGCACGACCAGCUUCGUCUCUACCCUCAUCGAAAACCAUCCAAGGAAGCAGGCCUUCCUACUCCCCCUGGCAAGCUAUCUUUGCAGCUAUCCUCGUCGUCAACGUCAGGCACCGUGCUCAUCACGCCCCCCAAGCACUCGAAAAGACCUCCUCGGCCUUCCAAACCAAAGUGCAAUGAGGUACAGUCCGUUGUUCGGCCUUGUGGUGUUCACUUGUUGCCUUUGCAGCUUCGCUGUGAGUGGCAUCUGCAGCUUGCCAUUAGAGAAGCGCCAGGACAACGGACUGCGCGACUAUUUUCGCCCUCCCUCGAUGAGAGUCGCACCCGGAUACCCACCGCUCCCGCAGAAACCGAAGCUGAAGAAGACUUUAUCUUUCAGUGACUGGCUCCAGAGUACACCCAAGAAGGCUCGAUCGCAUGCGAGUAAGCAUUGGACAAACAGGGCACAGUCUCGAUGGGAGAAGGAAAUCCUGAAGAACGUAAAAGCGCUCCACUGAAAUGGUCAUGAGCUUGUACUGGGCGAAAAGAGAUCAUCGCGUCGGGGCACAGAAUGGAUGAUCUGCAAUGACUGAAUUGGUCUAAAGGAGAUGCGAAUAUGAAGAUUACCUGAACACGUCUUCAUUGCCUCCCGUCUGUCAUGAUGGGCUACACCCAAUCGCCUACUUUCGGUAGUAGUGAAUUUCCUCCUUCUCCCUACCCCUCAUGAAGUCGGGCUCGGAGCCAGGGUAGUAGAUGUCUGUCCAGAGCUCCUUGACGUCAGGCUCAGGGCUCUUCUUGGCCUCUUCGACCGCU